UCUGGUCAACCCGUCAGUUCCCGGACUAGCCCUGGACAGCAGAAGCAUGGAGAGUUUGUUCACACUUCGAUCACAGGCAGCAAGUUUCUCCUUUUGAUCUUGAACAUUAUCCAUAAAUGCCAGGAUCACGCAAUACCAUUUUCUCUAGCGAGAGUGGAAAAGAUGGAUGUAUUCCCAGCGCCUGCAAACGAGUCCUCUGGCCCCGCCGGCUGGGACCCCUUCCGCCGGCCCCUGGCCUCCGUGCAGCCCUGGCACUUCAGGCUGCUGGCGGCAGCGAUGCUGGUGGUGACCUCCCUGUCGCUGGCCGAGAACCUGGCUGUCAUCCUGGUGACGUCUAGGUUCCAGCAACUGAGACAACCUCUCAAUUACGUGAUAGUCAAUUUGUCCGUGGCCGACUUCCUGGUCUCGUUGACCGGCGGCACCAUCAGCUUCUUAGCCAAUCUAAGAGGUUAUUUUUAUAUGGGACGCUGGGCUUGUGUGCUGGAAGGAUUUGCUGUCACCUUCUUUGGCAUCGUUGCUCUCUGGUCUCUUGCUCUCCUGGCUUUCGAGCGGUACAUUGUGAUCUGCCGCCCGCUGGGAAACACGCGUUUGAGGGGGAAGCACGCAGCCCUCGGCAUUGCCUUCGUGUGGAGCUUCUCUUUCCUCUGGACCAUUCCACCGACCAUGGGCUGGAGCAGCUACACCACCAGUAAGAUUGGAACCACUUGUGAACCUAACUGGUACUCUCGAGCUUAUACUGAUCAUACCUACAUUAUUACAUUCUUCACCACCUGUUUUAUAGUGCCUUUAUUGGUGAUUUUGGUAUCCUAUGGAAAAUUGAUGCAGAAGCUAAGAAAGGUGUCAGAUGCGCAAGGCAGGCUGGGAACUACCCGGAAACCUGAAAGACAAGUGACUAGAAUGGUUGUUGUUAUGAUCGUUGCAUUUCUAAUCUGCUGGACGCCAUAUGCCGCCUUUUCUAUCCUAGUCACCGCGUGCCCUUCCGUUGAGCUGGAUCCUCGGCUGGCAGCAAUUCCAGCUUUCUUCUCCAAAACAGCUACUGUUUAUAACCCAAUUAUUUAUGUCUUUAUGAACAAACAGUUCAGGAAGUGUCUGAUUCAGAUGUUCAGCUGCAGUAACACAGAGACUGCGGAGUCCAACGUGAACCCCACUUCAGAGAGAGCAGCGCUAACCCCGGACAAAAGAGGGACUGAGAUGUCCCCCAUGGCAGCACGUACCACCCUUUCUAGCAGGAAAACUGGAGGUGAACACAGAAAUUGCCGUUCUUUUGCUCAGCCGGCAGCUUCAGAAAACAAAAUCCAUCCCAUGUAGAGAGGGGGGAUAUGAUCACUAAUGCAGGGCUACAGCAUGAGUCCUGUCCACUUUCUUUCUUUUCCCAGUCACAGCCUGCUAGCUCCUGGAAAUGAUGCCGGAGGAGCCCUGUGUCGCUUCGCUGGCACGUGUCGUGGCAAGAACAUGGGCAAGUCUUACACUCAUGACUGCUCCUUAGUCAGCUGGACAAAAGCAUGAAGUGGUGUAUGGCCUCAAUGCACUUAUUUGCAAUGGCAAAUAAAUAAUAUUUAGCAUACAGCUGACUCAGUUUCAGCCACGAGGAGGUUCAGGGAGAGACGGGCCUGAGUGCUUCUUGGUUUGCUUUUUUUUUUUUUAAUUACGCCCGCGGGGUGG